AUGGAUGAUGUUGACAAUAUUUAUCUAGAUGACUUACACUCAUUUGAUCCAAAUGAAUGGCCAAACAUUCCCAAACCAAUUGUUAUUGCUUUCAACCUCCUUAAAAAAAGUAUGCUAAAACAAGAAGAAGCUAUACAAAAUCUCAAAAAAAACUCUGAAUUUAUGAAUGACAGAUUUACAAAGAGCUCUGAAGGGGCGAUAUCUUUAUCAAAAAUGCUUGUUGCAAAAUCUGAAGAAAAUCUAAAGCUAAUAAUCAGAGAAUCAGAAGAAAAUCAAGUAUAUUCCUUAAACAUCUUGCAAAAAAAAUUAGACAAAGAAGAAGAAUUCCGAGCUCUACUUGGAACUAACAUUUCAGCACUUUUAUCAGAGCAAGUAGAUUUACUUCAAAAAAAAAUUAGUGAACUGCCUACACUCAAUAAUAUUAAAGAAGCUGAAAAAAAUAUAAGAGAAGAAUUAAAGGAAGAGUUUUUAAAUGAUGUCAAGCACAGAAUAGUUUUGCCUGAAAUAAAUAAUGUGCAUUAUAAAAUCAAAGACAGGUUAACGUAAUGGAUAAUCAGCGAAAUUGAAGGAGAGAUUAAAGAAGUGAAAAAAAGAAUUCUUGAUGAGGGGUUGUACACUUCGAAUAAUAUAAGAAAAAACUAUGAAGAUAUCACAAAAAUAAUUGAAAGCAUAAGGGAGCAGUCUGGAAAAAAUGAAAUAAAGGUUGAUUUGUGCACAAGCAGAAUAAGAGAUUUAACAGAAAGCGUUAGAAACUAUGAAGCAAAUUGAAAUAAAACCAUGGUGGAAAUGUGAGAAUCAUUGCAGCAAGAUAUCAAAAUCCUUAAGAUAAAAGCUGAAGAAAAAGGCCCUAGAACUCCUGUGGUCAAAACUAUUAGUCUGUCUCCAUCCUCAUCUCAUUUAAAUCCAGCUCCGCAGCCUCCUAAAACUCUUAUAACGGCCCCUGAUUAUGCAAGAAGCUCUGAAGUUCCAACUGAUGAACUGAGACAUGAAAUAAGAGAAGAAAUAAACUCAGUUAAAAAUGAACUUCAUGCAUUAUUAAAAUACAGUGAAGAAAAGUCAACAAAAGAUUUAGUAGAUUCAGUCCAAUCUAUAGAAAAUAAAAUUUCGCUUGCCAAAAUGACUCUUGAGAAUCAGUUUCAAGAGCUCAGGGAUAAGUUUUCUUGGCUGCCUAUGAAAUUUGAUCAGUUAGAAGGAAUGAGUCCGACUGAAGCAAGAAUUUUCACUUUGGAAGCAAGAUUAAGAUCUGAAGAAAACUCACGAAUUCAAGGGCAACACCAAAUAUUGAAGUUUAUGGAAAACAAAUCAGUACAAAGCCAGGUAAGAGCGAGCCCUGAAAUUGCAUCUUGCAGAAAAGAGUGCUUUACUCCACAAAUUUUGACGAGUAGGCAAUCUUCUAGAUCAAUUAAUAAAGUUUUUGAAAGAAAAGUCCCUCCAGGGGGCAUGUGCGGCGGAGAUAUAUGGAAACGACCAAUUGAUUCUGACAGGAAAAAAAGUAUAGACGGCGAAAGUGUCGUGUUAUAUGGGUCGAAAAUGAGGGCUCACUCACCGAUUGAUUUGAGCUUAAUAGAAGAGAGUUGCAUAGAGCAGCUAAAAAAGGAAAGACUUAAUAGAAAAAGGAAGAGCAUUCCGAAAUCGUUUGAUAGUAUGGAUGGAUCAACUCCUAAAUACUUCAAUAAAGAAAAAUCAUAA